AUUAUAAAAAUGAUGAUGAUGAACAUGACGAUGAUAAUAAUAAAUGUGAUGAUGAUAAUGAUAAACAUCAUAAGAACGAUGAUGAUGACCAUGAUGAUGAUAAUGAUAAACGUGAUGAUAAACGUAAUGAUGAUGAGCUUAAGGAUGAUGAUGGUAGUGAAAAUAAUAACAUUUUCAUUAAGAGAAUUCUAUAA